AUGGUCUAGCCCGCAGUUCCCGCCUUGAGGGCUCUUUUGUUGUCCGGGCGGUCAGCCAAUGGCAGCGCAGAGCGGGAGGAACUCUGGCAGCCUUUCCCGCGUUUCCAAGGCCGCUCGCUCCGCCAAUGGGAGCGCGCCUCCCGCCUGAUUGGCCCGCCGGGGCGUUCUGGCGCCAAGUUCGAAAGGGAUAUAAACCGCCAAAACGAGCCGGUCGUCUUUUCUCUUACCGCUAAACAAUCAAGAGGAAGCCUUAUUGCUCCAGCUUGUCUUCCCAAUCUAUUUUAUUUUCCCGCUGAAAAUAUGCUGGCCACCCGCAAUGCGCAUUCGGCUCGCAACGAGCAGCAGCACAAGUCCCGCUUGUCGCCUCUGAAAAAUUUGACCUUGAACGACAAGGAGAACACACCCCCUUCACUCAGCUCUACUCGAGUCCUGGCUUCCAAGGCCGCAAGGAAGAUCUUUCAGGAGUCUGAGGCGGAUGCACUGAAAGGAGUGAAGCAGCUUCCUUCAAAUAACGUGCAGGACGAACCUCUUCUUCGGGAUAAUCCACACCGCUUUGUGAUCUUUCCCAUUCAGUACCACGACAUUUGGCAAAUGUACAAGAAAGCAGAAGCUUCCUUUUGGACGGCAGAAGAGGUGGAUCUCUCCAAAGAUCUCCAGCAUUGGGAAUCCUUGAAGCCUGAUGAGAAGUAUUUCAUUUCACACAUCUUGGCGUUCUUUGCUGCAAGUGAUGGCAUUGUCAACGAAAAUUUGGUGGAGCGAUUCAGCCAAGAAGUCCAAGUCACUGAAGCUCGCUGUUUCUAUGGCUUCCAGAUUGCCAUGGAAAAUAUUCAUUCAGAAAUGUACAGUUUACUUAUUGAUACUUACAUCAAAGACUCCAAAGAGAGAGAAUAUCUGUUCAAUGCCAUCGAAACCUUGCCAUGUGUUAAAAGGAAAGCCGACUGGGCCAUGCGGUGGAUUGGAGAUAAACAUGCUACUUACGGAGAACGGGUCGUAGCCUUUGCUGCAGUAGAAGGAAUCUUCUUUUCCGGUUCUUUUGCCUCUAUAUUUUGGUUGAAAAAGCGAGGCCUGAUGCCUGGACUCACUUUCUCCAAUGAACUGAUCAGUAGAGAUGAGGGUUUGCACUGCGACUUUGCUUGCCUAAUGUUCAAACACUUGGUACACAAACCAUCAGAGGAAAGAGUGAGAGAGAUAAUUACAAACGCUGUCAGGAUAGAGCAGGAAUUCUUGACGGAAGCCUUGCCUGUAAACCUAAUUGGCAUGAAUUGCACUUUAAUGAAGCAGUAUAUUGAAUUUGUGGCAGACAGACUGAUACUGGAAUUGGGUUUUAACAAGAUAUACAAAGCUGAGAAUCCGUUUGACUUCAUGGAGAAUAUCUCGCUGGAAGGCAAAACUAAUUUCUUUGAAAAGCGUGUCGGAGAAUAUCAGAAGAUGGGAGUGAUGUCAAAAGCUGUAGACAAUUCUUUCACCUUGGAUGCAGAUUUCUAAGGCAGACAUGAAUUUAAGAAAAGCUGGCUUGGGAAUGCUAGUGAUUUGUCUUGUUAUCUUCAAGAAUCCUGUUCUUAUACUGUGUGGUGGUACUUUUGGGUAGUGUAUGUGGCUAAAAUGGGAAAACAGAUUUCUAGCACUGCUACAUAUGCUUCAUUGAUACACAAAUUACUCUGAUUUUCUGAAGUACCAGAGCUUUGAACUGGCACGUUCCAUUACUUGGUAACAACAAAGCAAAUAGAAUGAGGAUUCUCUAGAAAAUGGUGGUUUUUCAUGUCCUUGUGUAUGGGUUGUAGGGAAAACUACAGAUCCUGUGUGACAGGUAUUAGGGGUUUUUUUUUAUUUUUAUUCAGUAUUUUAAUAGUUUGUACAUAAACGUGGCACUUUAAAGGUCUGGCCUUCAAUUCCGGAGAAAGGCUAGUAGCGAGUUUAGAAUGAACUCUUUUAGACUGCAACUUACCUUAAUUUCCCUAGUAUACUAUUUUUCUUUUCUUGUAUGUAAAUUAAAUUGCUGAAGUGCUGGAAAAUCUUUUUGGACGUGUACGACUCCUGAAAAAAGUGCAUGAGUAGAUUUGAUGUAAGAGUGAAACUUGAAUAAAACUCCAGACAUCGAACUCCUGGA